AUGACAACAAUGGCGGCGUUGCAGAGCUCCUUUACAUCUCUGUCCCUCUCCGCCAACUCUUUCUUGGGCCAACGCUUUUCUCCAUCUUUCUACCCGCCUCUGGUUAAAUCAACCAAGAAGCCAUGCUCCAUUGUAGCAAAGCUCAAGCGAUGGGAGAGGAAAGAGUGCAAACCAAACAGCCUACCAGUUCUCCACAAAAUGCAUGUUAAAGUUGGAGACACUGUAAAAGUCAUCUCUGGAAAUGACAAAGGUAAAACCGGAGAGGUUGCCAGGGUUAUCAAGCAUAACAGCACCAUAGUUAUAAAAGAAAUCAACUUGAAGACAAAGCACGUGAAGAGCAAGGAAGAGGGAGAACCGGGCCAAAUAAUCAGGAUUGAGGCACCUAUUCACAGCUCAAAUGUAAUGCUGUACUCUAAAGAGCAAAAUGUGGUUAGCCGCGUUGGCCAUAAGACCCUAGAAAAUGGGAAACGGGUUCGUUACCUCAUCAAAACUGGAGAAAUUAUUGACAGUGCAGAAAACUGGAAGCGAGCGGUCAAAGAGAAAGCAAAUACAGCAGAAGUAGCUGCGACUUCUUAG